AUGAACCCGGUUCUGAAAAAGGCUUCACCUCCAAGUGUAACUACAGUAUCAAAAGAGUGCAAUGUAUCUAACAUGAAUUCCACGAGUGCGACCAAUAACAAUAAUAUUAAAACUAUAUACAAUGGAUCGAACAACUCACUUACCGUAGGGGGAAGUGGAUUUGUUUCAGGCUAUGAAACGGAUGGUGGAACGAAUAUUUCCUACAAACGAUCUGCUUUCAAGCAACCUAAAAACGAUGAACAAGGAAACAUCGCCCACACACACCAUGGACCCAUUUACAGCAUCGAACCACCUCCUUACCCGGCAUCUAUAAAACCAGCACAGAUAACAAGACCACAACAAACUACCAUUUCCUCCCUAUCAACGAAAAAUUUCCAGGCUCAGCCUGUACUUCCUGUUAAACAGCUGAAUUCGAGGGCUGCAUCUGGACCUGAAAAAAUAUCCAUCAUCACCCAACCACUACCAGAAAUACCACCAAAAACAAUGCAAAAUCAACGAAAUCAACAACCACUUUCAGCCUCUAAUUUGACCAAGUAUCGUUCAAUGAAGGCAAUGCCUGAAAAUAUCGAUGUUAGUGCAUCUUCAAAACAUUUUAAUGAUAAUCACGGUCGUAUAGUGGUCAAAUCCUCGGCUCCGUUACAUGAUCAACCACCGAUGCUCCCGCCGAAAAAUCGAAAUAAAGUGGGUUCAAAACAAAGUAUUUCAAAGCAACCGCAUAUGCAACCAGGGACAAAAACGUUUCCUCAGUUACAAAAGUCUUCAAAAAUCGCAUCAGAUAAAAAGCAACAGACUACAUACAGCACAUUUGGCUAUGAUCAUUCCGCACGAGAUCUCAAAAAAUACUACACAGGUCAAUACUGUGAUUCCAGUGAAAGCUACGGUGACCAUUGCAAGCCAUACCGACAGGCAUCAAGUUUGGGAGUAUCACAUAAAUCAUCUAGAGGAACAUCAAAUCAAACAUCGAGACGGCAAUAUAAUGACAACACACACUCAUUCCGCACUUUAAAUUCAACCGGUAUAAACAUGAGAGGAAUGAACGCGAAUCUGGGACACCGCACGGAUCAUACAGAUAUGUAGGGUUCGUGUUCUUGUGGUGGAGAUGGCAUUCCAUCACAUAGGCAUCCAAAGUCAUCGCUAUCACACAAUUAACUAUAGUUAUCAAUAAUAAGUAUUAAGACAUUCAUCGCUCUCGUUUAAAUUAUCUGUAAAAGUAGAAAAUAAGUAAUAAGUUCGAAAUAAUUCAUGGAUGAGAUUUUAAUCUUUUACAGUUAGGGAUUGAUUUGUCGAAUAGUUUUGGCAACAAAAUUCAAGUAUUUGAUUAUGCAAGGGUUAUAUCCCGCACUGCCAAACAUACUUUCUUAUUAGAUUUUUUCAGAAAAAAUAUUGGAAUAAGAACCUCUUCAUUGAGCAGUCCUCAAAAUUAAAUUAUUUCUCGAUUCCAAACAAUAUUUGUUUUCUGUCUCAAAUAACGAGAUGCAAACAUUUCUUUUACGCAUUUGUACUACUCGUAUUAAUUGUCCUAAUAGAAUAUGUCAAUUAAAUAAGUUAGGGUUGGAAUUGAAUUUCUGUUUGAUGUUGCUUUUCCACUCAAAUAAUAAUAUAAAAAUAAUAUAAGAUGAUCAAUUCACUGAAAAAAUAUAUUGCAUGAAAAGUUUUAAUCUCACGGUUAUAUUAAUCUAGAAUGAAACAAUGAAGUAAAAUAAAGUAACUUCAUCCCCUGUAGUAGUCAUAUGACUAGGCAUAAGUUCACACCUAACGUCGAAUAUUUGUUUGCUCUGACAUUCAGGAGAAUGAUAUCGUAAAUUUUCUUCAACCAUUUUUCGGUUUGCAUUGAAAAAAUACAUUUGAACCAGGUCUGAAGGAAUACGUGUUAAAUCAAAUGAAAUAAAUAGCUUGCAAUUCGUUCUUUGAGACCUAUGUUCAAUGCUAGAUGUGAACGUGGUCUCAUCCUAAGUCUUUUUAUUAUUAACUUAAGGCAAUCUUAGAAAAAAAGAUAAAUUUUAUCGAUAUACCUUGUUCAAACCGUACUAAACAAUUAAGCGAAAACCUAUCAAUGACGUGGCAUAAAAUAAAUAUGAUUAGAAAAAAGUUCCAAGUAAAAAA